GUGGGCGCAAAUCAGCAUUGGCCAUAUGGACUGGUGGAUGCUGAGGGCUCUGAGUUCUAUGCCCGUCAGUUGGAUGGCAACUUCUUCGCCGAUGUCAAGAACAGCGACCUUUUCGUGCAAGCUUUGACGGAAGAUGCCGGGGAGAAGCAGGUGGAUGCAGAUGCUCACCUAAACAGUAUUGAUCAAAAGGCCACGCAGUUCAUGAAGGGUGAGCCCAACGAACCACGCAAGAUAGUGGACCGCGAGUCUUUCGUAGACAACCUCACGGAUGCGAUCUCCCGAGAUGGCAAGCUCACCUUGGUCUUGGGUGGCAAGAGUGUAGGCAAGAGCACAGUCAUUCGGAGUGUGGUAGCGAAUUUUACACAGGCCAAACGCUCCCAGCGGACUGUGGUUUUCACGGAUACGAGAGAGAUGCCUGCGAAAGACUUUUUCACGGCUGUUCUGAGCACAGCUCCGCCAUUGAUGGCUUUUCGAAGUGCAGUUUCGGUAGCGGGGACAAGCAUUUUCAUAAGAUUUCUGGCAGGCGUGUUGUCUAUUGUCCCAAAAGUCGGCAAACUUGUCUCAGACAGCCUUGCUAAACUCCUCGACAACAUGGACGGCAAGAUGAAGCAAGAGGGAUUUGUCAGUCUCGUUCGGAGGGCAGGCAAGGGCAUUGCUAUCAUCGUCAAUGAGGCGAACCUUGCACUUCCUCGCGAUGAUGACCGAACGGAGGCGAAAACAGCGCGGGAUGCCCUUGCGGAGAUAGUAAGCAUUACCAAGCAGAAUCUCCAAGCCUCUGUCGUCCUCAUCAGCUCCGAGCACGGCUACCCCUUCAAAUUGGCCAAAGCCAAUCUCCGCCUGGACGACAUAGACAACGUCAUCAUCGCUCCGGAAGUGCCGCCCAACGACAUGUUCAGGGUGCUCACCGACCACUGGGGCAUGGGGCGCCGACUGGCGCGCCUCUUUGUGGCCACCUACGGCGGCUCCACUCGGGCGGUCUACAAGGCUCUUGGCAACCUGAUCAACGAUCGCAAGCAGUUCUAUCCGCUGGGCACUACAUCCGUUCCGGGCAUAGGCAUUUGCUUGGAUCAGGCACGUGGGGGCAGGUUUUAG